AGCUGGAAGGGACUAACUUGCAGCAACUAUUUGAGAAUCAUGACCUUCCGUUGACCGAAAUUCAGAAUAAGAAAGUAAUUCAAGCGGCAAACACGAAGCAGCCAGUUGUCGUCGCGGGAACCAUAGCUAGGGAAUGCCCUAGUGUGUUGUCAUUGAUAAAAUUAUCUAUCACGGACGAGUUGAAAUCAGUCUGCAAAAACCUUUGCAGACGUUUCGGCGGUUCCGAGUUGUAUGACAAAAGCUACAACAAGCUGCAGGAGUUUGAUUUUGAAAAGUUGUGGCGAGAAAUAAAGGUAAAGGUGCCCUUUCCCGUUGACAUUUUUAACGCAGUGUCUGGCAACAAUACCUCUGAUGAAGAUAUUAACCAUGGAUUAAAUGUAAAGUACUGCUUUCUUUACUCCAUUCUUAUGCAUGAAAGGUGGCAUGAGCUGAGUCUUCUGAAAUGUGUGAACACAAUCCUGGCAAUCGCAGGAGCUUGCACGAAACAGGUGUGA